AUGGAAGAACUCAAGAAUCGUUCCUUCGUCGACCUCGACCUAGACGUCGACUCGUACUUCGACCAGGACCGUGAUCCGUAUUGGGAGAACGAAACCGUUUCUGGGUAUUCAAACGAGACGGAUACCAACGUCACGGUUGUGGUCCUAGGAAAAAAUAUCACCGCGAUCGACGAGGAACUCAACGAGAAAGAGUUUUACUUUCUCUUACUGUUGUUGUUCUCAGUAAUCACAGUGUUUGGGAACGUGCUGGUGAUUCUGAGUGUGGCCCGAGAACGGGCUCUACAGACAGUGACCAAUUACUUCAUUGUGAGUUUGGCGGUGGCUGAUCUCCUCGUUGCGGCCAUCGUCAUGCCCUUCGGUGUCUACUUCCUCGUGAGUUUCCACCCCCUCUCUCGUCCAUCUGCAACUGAAAAAAAAAUGCGUUAUAUAUACUUGGUGAUUUCCCCUGAGGCUGUGGAUGUGUCACGAAACCGAGUGAACGGGAAGAUGUGGGGACUUUCUCCGUUCCUAUGUGAUCUCUAUAUCGCUAUGGACGUGACAUGCAGCACUUCCUCAAUCUUCAAUCUCGUCGCCAUCAGCAUAGACAGGUGGAGCCUCUUCCAUCCUAUUUGCGUCCCUCUAAUAUGCCUCCGAACCUGCACGCGAUCGCGGUAUAUAGCGGUGACGCAGCCGAUCAAGUACGCAAAACAUAAGAACAGCAGUCGGGUGGUGAUGACUAUCGCACUAGUCUGGGUGAUCUCAGCAGCAAUCGGAUCUCCGAUCGUCUUAGGGCUCAACUACACUCCGAGUCGAGACCCAACCAUCUGCGCCUUCUAUAAUUCCGAUUUCAUUAUCUACUCCUCUCUCUCCUCCUUUUACAUCCCCUGCAUCAUCAUGGUCUUCCUCUAUUGGAGGAUCUUCAAGGCGAUCCGGGAGAGAGCGAAGAAGUCGAUCGGGUCGAAGCGAGCGAUGCCCGUGAUUCGCCCAGGCUGUGUGAUCGAGAACAUCGCCGAGACGAGGAGACUGGCCGAAACGACCCUCGGUGUGAUACCGAGGGAAAUCACCGAGGGUACGACGACGUCGAAGGAAUCUCCAGACGAUGACGAGGACGACGACGACGACGACGACGACGAGGAAGACGACGAGGGACGCCUUCCUUCCGAAAGGGCAACGGAGGAAGAGAUGGGAGAAGAACAAUAUCGAGGAUGUCCCACGUUCCCCACUGACGUUUCUACUCAUUGUAUCCUCCUCCCCACAAAACACAGCCCACCGAUGUUCAUUCCAAACGGAGGAGGAGAUUCCGGCUACGCCCCAAGUGGGAUCGUGGAAGACGUGGAACACGAACCAUCAUCUCACACUGGCAGAGUCGAUGAAAGAUGCGAAAUGGAGAAAGGAGGAAAGGGUGAAAAGGAAAAGCAGAAGAAGAGGAGGAAGAAGAAGAAGCAGCAGCAGGAUCAGACGAAAAUCCAUAAGCACAAGAAGAGAGAGGAAGAGAAGCGGAAAAGAUGCACGAGUCGAUUCACUAUUUACAAGGUGCACAAGGCCAGCCGUCUGAAAAGGGAGAAAUCCACGGCUAAACGGGAGAAGAAAGCAACAAAAACCCUCGCCAUUGUUUUAGGUCAGCCCCUGUUCCUGUUGUGCUGGGUGCCGUUCUUCACGUGCAACAUCCUGGAUGCGAUCUCGAUUAAAUUGGAGGCUGAUUGGAGCCCAGGAGUGACGCUGUUUCUUCUCACCACCUGGCUCGGUUAUAUCAACUCCUUCGUCAACCCCAUCAUUUAUACCAUCUUCAACCCGGAAUUCCGGAAAGCCUUCAAAAAAAUUCUCUCCCUCCCUUGAGAGGAUAGCGGCUCAUCCCAAGGAUUCCAUUUUUCUUCUGUGAUCGAUUACUAGGAUAGGAAUGCAAAGCGGCAAAGGUUUCUUUUUCUUCCCCGACCCGAUCGACGAAGGUCUCAUAUUAAAAAUUCAUGCUUACCUUCCUCUCCAGUUGGAAUAAAAAAAGAUAUUUUCUUGUCUCGA